UGGCAACAGCAACAAUAGUCACAUGUUGGUUCCAGUUUCUAUUUGCGGUCACAUUUUUCUAGCGAAAUGUUAACAUGUUUUAGGGGACACGGGCUGUAAUUAUCACAGCUUUCCCAAGGGGGUAAACUCUUUUCCAUAACUAAAAUAACACAAUAAAAUAAGGAAAUUAGUUACCACAGUAAGGUUGUCCAGGUUUCUAUAACAUACGUAUAGAAGAAAACAUGGCGGCGUCCUUGAGCUGCACGGGGAGUGUGAGGCUGCUGAGUUCCUUGGCUCGAUCCAGCUCACUAUGCGGCUCCAUGGGAAGCAGAGGCCUCCAUAUCACUUCAGCAUGCUACAAGAAUCGAGCUGCUCGGAUCCGAGUGGGUAAAGGAGACAGACCGCUGACCUACGAGCAAACUCAUCAUCCUCAUCAAAUCGGCCACCGCAAAGGAUGGCUGGCACAGCACACCAGUAACCUCAAAGGAGAAGAAGGGGCAGCCGAACGCACCGUGGAAGACGUCUUCAUCCGAAGGUUCAUGUUCGGGACCUUCCAUGGCUGCCUGGCUGAUGAGCUUGUGAUCAAAAGGCGCGGCAAUGUGCUCAUUGUGUGCGCGUUGAUGUUGCAGAAACUGCGGCCUCAAAAGUUUUAUUUCCUGAUCGGAUACUCAGAGUCACUGCUGUCGCACUUCUACAAAUGCCCCGUCAAGUUAGAGAUUCAGACCGUGCAGGAUAAAGCUGUGUACAAGUACCUCUGAUGGAGCUGCGUAGUGCUACAGUGUACAUAGUAAUACCAGUUUUCAGCUUCAGUGCUCUAGUGAAAUAAAUGAGAGUUACAGAAGCACUAAAUGCACCAUCUAAAACGAUUAGGUACAUGCUAAAAUGCCAUAGAGUCCUUUUAUUAAGAUGUUUGAAUUAAUCUAUGUUGUGGGUUGAAUCAGGACUUGUCUGAUAAAGAUAAAUACACAGAUAAAUCAAACUUCUUUCUCUCCAAAAUGCUAAUUAUUUCAUGUUACCUACUUUCAAAUAAACCUCCAGGUCAGGUCAAAAUUUCAGAAUAUCAAGUUGCAUUUGUAAUUUUAAAAGGAAAUUUAACUUUUUUUUGCAUUUGAAAGCAGCAAAUGUGUUAUAAGUGCAGAUGUAAGCUGACAUCUGUGUUAAUAAAUCUGUCAUUAACAGUGCACUUGGGGAUGAAUGACAACAAAACCGUGUAAAAACUCCAGCUGUCCAUCAAUUACUGUAGCUUUUUAUGCAGGGCUCCUGUUUAUGUUCAGAGGAGGCGACAUUUUAAGAUCCAAGUUCUUUUACACAAGAGCAUAAAAAAAGUGUCCUAAGUCUCAACACAACUUCAGGUUGUCAUGUCCAACAGGUUAAAAUGUAGAACAUCUUAUAAGCUACAACUAUAUUAAGUUCGAAGUUUUGUUGGCAUUGUUGUGAAAUCAGGUCUUUCCAGCGUAAAGUGGCAUUUUGUUGGGUGUCCACCAGUCAGUGUGAUAAAAGAUUUUGUCCUUUUCAGAGACAAAUCAAUGUUUGCUCCUGUUAUUUAUCAUUUAAUAAACUAAAUGUUUUUUUUUUAU